CUCUCACAUACUCACACACAGUGACAUAUGACUGAGUCAAGCUCAGUUUUUACUUUGUAAGUGAGUUGAGAUGAGGCUUUCUGGGAAGCGUAGUCUGGUUGGACGACAUUCCUUUGAGAAAUAAGCAUGUGUGCUCAACUUUCUCUACCACUCUGCUUGGAUAUAUGUGAAUAAAGUCAGCUGUGUAAGACAUCCCUAAUGGCCAUGUCUGCUCCCCGGGCGUCCGUGUUUACCUUUGAGUCGACGGUGCAUUCCUCCCAUGUGCUGCGCUGCCUUGAUGACCAGCGUCGCCGGGACGUGAUGUGUGAUGUGACCGUGGUGGUGGAGGGUCAGAGCUUCAGGGCCCACCGCUCGGUGCUGGCCUCCUGCAGCGAGUACUUCACGCACAGGAUCUCCUCCCUGACGCAGCAUGGAGCCGUACUCACUCUGCCACAGGAGGUGACAGCUGCUGGUUUUGAGCCCUUGCUGAAGUUUGCCUACACGUCCAAACUCCUCUUUGGCAAAGACAAUGUCUUAGAAAUACGCAACUCAUCCUCCGUCCUCGGUUUCAGAGACCUGGACGAGGCCUGCUUUGAAUUCCUCCUCCCUAAGUUCUUCUCCAGCACCAAGGGCUCUGCCCUGUGUCCUAGAAAGACCUGUUGCAAGAAGAAGAGGCAGUUAUCAAAGACAGGCAGCUGCACAGACUCUGACGCCGUGUUGUUGGAAGAGAAAGAAGUAAAACCAGUUGAUUACUCACCCUCUCAGCAGGAAGUGGCUCGGCCCUGCGAGAAAUCAGAGGGCAGCAAACUGGGAAGUCAGAAAAGUACAGCCACCCUUGCUGCUGCGGCUGAGGGGGCAAAUGACGGCUUCAUGCGAUGUCCAAAGUAUCGCAAGUUCCAGCUGGCUUGUGGGAAGGGUGCUUGUGCUGCAGAGAAAAGACUAACACCAGCCAUCAGGGAUGAGUGCGGCCUGUCCUGCUCACCUUGUUCCAGCAGCGCGAACAGCAAGAAUGAAACUGAACGAACAAAUCCUGCCAGACUCAGGGACAACGGAGCUGAUCAGCGACGGACAACUGAAAUACAUGAAAAGACAAUAGAUGUGGGCAGUGGGGAGGCUGAGAAAAACACAAAUGAAAGAGAGGGUGACAUUAUGAAGAUGGAGGAAGAGAUGGAGCAAGCCGCUAGGGUCAGCUCUCGGGAUAGAUCUAGUGUCGAAGCAGUCUCCGUGGGGGAAAGCACAAGGCUGGCUGAGAGGUCACCAGGGUUAAUAUUGCACCAUUGCCCGCUGAGGGCCUCAGCUGAGGCCCCCGUGAUUACAAGGUCACAGGGGCAGGAGAGGUUCGUCAUGGACCUUAAAGACGACAACAAAACAAGGGAGUCUGGUGGAGAAGAGCCAGUGUCCAUCCUUCAAAGGGCAGAAGAACAGGCAGAAACUGAGGGGGAAAGGGGAAUCAUGGACAGAGCGACCCUGCCAGCGAACAAUACCAGAGAGGGGAGCCCCGUGGGGUCUGAUGAGGGCUCGUCGGACCCUGACGCAGGAAGAUCUUCCAACACAGGGAGCGGACAGCUGCAGGCCACAUCUGAGAAUUGGGUGAAGCUUCACGUCAACCUCAGCUCCAGCAGCUCGGACUGCCCCUUCCUCCAAGAUCUGGACCAGAGCAAAUGUUUAUGGAAGGGAGCGGGGCUGUCGGAGUGCGCGUCCCACUCGGGGGUAUCAUCCCUGAACUCGGGGGAGGACGGAGACUCGGAGACGGAAACGGAGGGAGACAGCGAGGCCUACACGAGAGAGAGGGCCAGACAGGUGCAGUUGCCUUUCUCUGUGGACUGCAUUGUGAAUCUGAGCAGAAAUGAGUUCCAGCAGCUGCUGAAGCAACAGGUCUUCACGCAGGAGCAGCUCGAGUUUGUCCACGACAUGAGACGCCGCAGCAAGAACCGCCUGGCGGCCCAACGCUGCCGCAAGAGGAAGCUAGACUGCAUACACAAUCUGCAGUGUGAGAUCAACAAGCUGAAGACGGAGAGGGAGAAACUGAUGGUGGAGAAGAGCCAUCUGAGCCAGAUGAAGGUGACAGCACGUCACAGCGUGUCUGUGUUGUGUCACAGGGUCUGCAGCGAAGCCCACCUGCAGCCGGAGCAGCUCCAGGUGUUGGCCAAGUACAUGCCUCCAGACUGCCCCCUGACCUCCCUCUUCCCCCACAUAGACGCUCUCCUCUCACAGUCCGGGUUGCCGCUCCAGCCCCCGGCGUCUGAGGAGGACUGGUGUCGCUCCGGCAGGGACACGGUCACAGGAGACGGCACAAAUAUCCACCACAGACACUGAACGUCCACAUUUAACUCAUAGGUUCAUGGAGCUGGAGCUAUUAGAUUGAACCAAAGGUAUAUUACCGUGGACUGUGGACUGACAAGUGGCUGCAGGAUAAAACAAUCACAUACGUGAUCAUAAUAUGAUAAGACGUGAGAUAAGUGCAUUUAUAACGACAAGGGCGGCACACAGCUAACGCUACCAUUUUGUUUCAAACCUAUAUCAAGAGGUUAGGAAUUCAUUCCUGGUGUCCAAAACCAUUCAAGUUACUUUUUUCCCCGACUCUUUAUUCAGGGGUGUUGUCUUUAAGUGUGAGAGAAGGACUCAUUCAUCCAGAAUUUGCGACGCUCUCACUCAAAACCCGGUGCUGGCCCUCGAAUAGACCCUGCUUGUGCUCGAACUGUGCACUUGCUCUCGGAUAUUUUGUUGUGCUAGGUGUAGUCAGUAACUCUGAGCACAAGCAGCGGCUAUUUGAGUGUGAGCGUAGGCUUCUGAGUGAGAGCAUUGCAGAAUCUGAACGUGAAAUCAAUAAGUCCUGCUCUUUAUACCUCCCCCUUGGAUAAAAAUAGGAAAAUAGUUAUGAAGCAUUGAUGACCGCCUGUAGCGACUGGUCCCAGCAUUGCAAAUGACUCACUGAAUACAAUUCGGUCUGUUUUCUGUUGAGAAUAAUGACGAUUUUUGGCUCUGAAACGAUCACAGCUUUAUAAAUAUAAAUCAAGUGGGAACAGUGCGUGUUUAUGAUUCAAUGCUUGAUUACCUCAGGACGACAAAAUCAUGUGUGUGUGUACUUUUAUUGUUUUUUGGUACAGUUUGAUACAGCAGCCUGCACGGCACAGUGUUGGUUCCGCCGUCAUUAUGUCGACCACACAACCAGACAUCUGAACAAAAGGACUCGUCAUAUUCACCCUCUGGUCGUACGUCUGACUCUCGUGUGUUUUCGGACAGUCACUGUGGUCGGCUGAGGAGGGACGACCACAGUGACACAGCUCCUUCUAGUCUUUAGAGCUCUGAUCAACGAAAACACAUUUUAAAUGGCUUUAAAGGAGACAUAUGAUGCACAGUUUCUUUCCUCUAGUGUGUUAUAGGUGUAUGUACAAGUUAAAGUUAAAAAGUACAUGCCCAACAUUUGCAUGAUGCGCACGUUGCUGCCUCCUAUAAAAGUCCGACAUGUUGAGGUCUUAAGCUAAAGAAGCUCAAAUCAAGUGUUUCAGACAGAGGCUGAAAAGAGGAGCUGCAGCAAUGGACAAUAUUAGGAAAGUGAUGUGUUUUCUGCACAUUAGAGCAUUUAAACAUUUUCAAGUACAAAUUAAAAUUAUGAACCUGAAUAUGAGCAGAAUAUGUCUCCUUUAAAUUGGUGUGUAAAGGGAAAAAGUUGCCGCCCAGUGUGUCUGUCAUUGUGUUGUGGCGACUGACCUCCUCUCUUUUUAUUAGAUUGAAUCAUUGCCGGUUAUUUGAUCAAAAUCCUCCCACUGACGGAUGCAGUACGAGCAGAUUGUGUCUUUUUUAUUGUGUCUCCUGUUGCCGACGAUCAACAACACAAUUGUUUGUUUGGUGCGUCCCAAUAAUUACCCAAUUUUCUACAGCUCUUUCUGUUCUUCUCUCCCGGCUCGUAGUAAAUCUUUGACACUUAUGACAACUUGAUACCAGGCUUCACUGUAUUGUAUGUGCACACUGUAUAUUUAUUGAUUUACAACAGUCAUCCCAAUGCAGCUGCUCUUACAAUGACGAGAGUAAAGUAUGAAGUUGAUACUGUACGUGCAGAAAAUGAGAAGAUGCCGAUUAAGCAUAUGAUAUUUUUCCAGGAUCAUGGAUUCUUAAUGUGUUUAUUGAUGGUGGCUAACAACAUAUUUCUCUCACACACCAAGUCAAAGUCAUGCUUGAUAACACUGGUGCUUACUGCCCUCUAGUGUUAAUAGACUGAGCUGUAUGGAUGUGUACCACAGGAUAUGUUGCUUCUACUCAUGAAGGAACAUGACUGUGCAGAAGGAUUCCUUAUAUUUUUAUUAUAAGAUAAAUGUUAAUAAAAUAAUCAACAUUAAAAUGGAAAA